GAGGGCAAAUCCCGGAAAUCCCAUGGCAGCCAUCUUUUAAGCUCGGUGGUCGGACUGCCUGUCGUCCAUUUUCGUGCUGGCGGGUGGGAGGUGUGCUGUGUUAGAGCAUAUUGCAACGCUAUAUCUGUGGUUGAAGCUUUGGGCAGAUCUCCGUCCUCAUAGAAAAUAGUUGUUCCUGGCGUGAACAUCCACACCUGGAUCGGAACAUCACUGCCCGCUUGUGAGCGUGGACAUUGGCUGGGAUUUCCAGAGUUCUCGGUCGGACUCCUCGCAAUGGCGUGUGUGACUCUCAAAAGAAGUUUGGAUUUUGAUCCAUUUGGCAGUCCCGGAAGGUCGCCGAAGAGGAGGCGGUGUGUCCCCUUGACAGUGACACCCAGUGCCAGCUCAGAACAGAAGGCGAAGCCUACACCCUUUCAAACUGUGACACCCAAGGUCUCUGCAGACAUGAUUGCUGCAAGCGUCCGAGACGAGAUCCGCCGGCUGCAUCGUCGCCGGCAGCUGCAGUACCAUGGCAUCGACUCUGACAGCAACAGUGACUCAGAUACGCCAUCAGCCUCAUCCAGUACUGCCACCGCCACUGCUGCCACUGCCACAAGUGGUUCCUCCAACAAGGCAGACAAACCACUGUUCACGUUUAAACAGGUUGGGAUGAUCUGCGAGCGAAUGCUACGUGAACGUGAGAACCACAUACGGGAGGAAUACGACAACGUAUUGUCAACCAAACUGCAGGAGCAGUACGACAUGUUCGUCAAAUUCACGCAGGAUCAGAUUGUUCGGAACUUCGAGAACAGUUCGGCGCCCAGCUAUCUAUCGUAAUGAGGCAUUCGCGGAAGAUCAGAAUCAGGAUUAAAUAGAUCUGCGUCGUCAGAACUACCGUGUUGCUGCAAAAUUUCGGUGACUUGAAUAGUGCCUGUGUAAGUUGACUCUGAUGUGGCAAGUGUGCGGGUGCCCAGGGCCGGCAAGUGGGCGCGCGACUCAGUGACUUGUGGAUACCUCGAGCCGGUGUGAGCUCGUGGAAAUUGCCGGUGGGCAAAGUGAUCACGCAUUUUGUUUCGUUAGUUUUGUAUCCAGCCAAUUGCUCCGUGAUUUCAUGUGUAAAUCGCAUAGCUCUUGUUAGUAAAAUCUUUACAUAGGUCGUUUAAUCUUCAAAGUAUACUUGUACAUAGAGUGUAGCUUCCUUGAAAUGUCAGGCGACCGAGUCGUCCAAAAUUUGUGUGCUGUAGUUAUUGAAGGUGGCGAAGUAUGACAAAUUAACGUUUUAUUGCGGAAUAAAUCGCUUGGCAUUA